CUCCUCGGAGCAGCGGGUCCAGACCCAGACCUGGUCCAGAACUGAUCCAGACCCAGACCUGGUCCAGACCUGAUCCAGACCCAGACCUGAUCCAGACCUGGUCCAGACGCGACCGCGGCAGCACAUCAGAGCGGACACGCGGACGAACACCUGGGACAGGUACAGGUUAAUCUCUGAGAAUAAGUCCAGGCCACUUCUGUUUUUCCUUGAAACAACGACGCGUUGGUACUCUGGCUCAAUGAGAAACCAGACAGCCUUGGAGGAAGGAAGUUCCUGUCUGGGCUCAACGGAGCAGACAGGAGCAAUGGCCGCUGAAUCUGAUGGGACUGUGGAAAUGCCGGCGCUCAGUCGACCUCUAAGACUCGGGAUGUUGUAUGACUCCCGCAAAGAUGCCAUCGUCUCCGGUAUGACUCUGUGGGACCAUGAUGACCUGAUGAAACACAUUAGAGAGAGGCCACAGAACUAUAAUAGUUUUGGAAUAGUUGCAUCUGAAUCAGUUGAGGACAAAUAUUCAAACCUAGAUGUUAAUGGAUCUCUGAAGGGGAGCGUCCUCUUGGGCCUAGUGGAGGCUGAAGGAUCUGCCAAAAUCCUAAAUCAUGGCAAGACCACUAAAAACCAGGCCAGUGUAAUGAUGACGUACAAGGCCACCACGAAGGUGCAGGAACUGUCAAUGGACCAUCUGGGAAGAGUGAAGCAUCAGUCUGUAAUCAAAGCAGGUGUAGCUACUCAUGUCAUCACAGCUGUUCUUUAUGGAGCACAAGCUUUCUUUGUGUUUGAGCGCGGGGUGUCUGAAACAGAAGACAAGAUAGAAAUUCAGCAGAACAUAGAGAAGAGUAUUGGCUGGUUUUAUAAGAGUAAGAGUAAGAGUAAGGAUGAUGUGAAAAUAAUAGAUAAAGCAAAAGCUGAAAAUCUGUCCUGCCAAUUCUACGGAGAUUUCUGCCUUCAGAAGACACCUUCAACCUUCAGAGAAGCCAUUGAGGUUUAUCAAAGCCUGCCAAGACUGCUUGGAGCCAAUGGAGAAAAAGCAGUACCUGUGAAGGUCUGGAUGUUGCCGCUGACACGUUUAGAUCCUUCUGCUGCUAAACUACAUCAGUUGAGCUCAAGAUUUCUUCAAAAUGUGGAGAGCAUCCUGGAGAACUUCAGUGACCUGGAAAUGAGGUGCAAGGAUGCACUGAAAUCCAAGACUGUACAACACUUCCCUCAGAUGGAAGAAAAACUGAAACGCUUUAAAGAGAUGUCCUCCCUCUUUAAACAGAAACUCAGAGAAGAUUUAGCAAAGAAACUUCCAUUAAUCCGUGGAGGAGAAGUUGAGGAGGAGGCUGUGAUAGCAGAAAUCCUGACAAAGAGCUGUUCUCCUUUCAACUCUACGGACCUGAACCAGUGGGUGGACUGUAAAGAGACAGAGAUCAGCAUCUUACAAUCUUUGACCAACAUGAUGAAAAACUCAAACAUCAUCUCGUCUGAGAAGAAGCUGUUCGAGGAAACUCUGAGUGCAGAACAUGCCGUGUGUUUUGUCUUCACCUCCCUAGGAUGUGAGGAACCGUAUCUCUCAGCGUUAUCCAGCUAUUUACAAGAGACCAAUCCAGAUGCUCAAUGUCCACAAACUCAUGAUGUAAAGAAAGAGCAAUGGUACACCGUUGAGGAAGUAUUACAUAAAGUGAAGAUAAAAGCAAAACUCUUCAGUGAUUUUGCAGAAGCCAACAAGGAGAACAAGAACACGAAGUUCCUGAUGGUGGGUUUACCGGACGAGACCCACAAAGGUUCAACCGUCUACCUUUUUAAAGAUGGCUUCUCCAUCACCAAGAACUUUGAGCCUCCUUCAAAGCCUGAAACUGUGACGGUAGCUGAAAUAAACCACAACAGUGUGACUCUGAAGGUUUCUCCACCCAGAUAUGGAGCAGAGAACAUCACCUCCUACUCUGUUGAGUUCUGCGUUAAUGGAGAGGAGGGAUGGAGACAGGAGACAGCACCAAAGUCUGGAGAGGUCACACUGAACAACCUCAGACCAAACACAGAGUAUGUGUUCAGAUGCAGAGCAGUGACCUCAGCAGGGGUCGGACCGGUCUGUGAUGUCACAGAUCCCAUCAGAACCUCACCCUGCAGCCCUCCUGAAGGACCUCAGGUGGAAACAAGCCUUGGUGAGAUGACCGUUAGCUGGGAUAGACCUGCUGUCUUUGGACGGGAUGUCCAGGUGCUCCACUACAUUGUGGAGUAUGCAGAAACAGAAGGAGGCGCCAACGAAGAGGAUCUCCAGUGGAAGCAAAGAACCUCAACAACCCAAAGCGUGUCCGUUCCCAGACUCCAGUCGGAUACAGGAUAUGCAGUCAGGGUCAUCUGUGACUGUGGUGGCGCUGGAAGAAGCAGAGAAAGCCUCACCGUUGUCUGCAGAACACCAGACACGUAUCUGCUGCUGCUGCAGGAAGUUCUGCACGACUUCCCUCAGCUGGAAACCAGAUGCACCAAUGCUCUUGAAUCCACCACCGUCCAGCAGUUUCCACAGAUUGUAGAGAAUCUAGAAACAUUUACAGAGUUGUGCAUGGACUUCAAGAAGGCCAUGCUGCUGAAACUGAAAGACAAAGUUUCCUCUGUUCUGAGUGGAGAAGAAAAGAAGCCUGAGGUCAUGAAGAUGACAGAGAUGAGAAACAAGACUGGUUUCAAAGAGACACAUCUGAGUGUGUGGAUGGAUUACAGGGAGAGGGAGAUCCAGGUCCUACAAUCUCUCACCCAGAAGAUGAAAAACACUGAGGUUAUUCCAACAUAUGACAUCUUUGAUGAGAAGAUUCACAGUGCUGAACAUGUUUUGAUCCAUGUCUUCACCUCACUGGGCGAUCCUGGGCUGUUUCUAUCGGUUUUAUCAGAAAAUAGAGACAUGAAAGAUGAGGAACAUAUUUCUGGGUUGCAUAUUGAACCUACGGAACAGGAACAAUGGUUCAGAGACACACAUGAUGACCUAAAUCAGAAAGUAAAGUUGUUUAUCGAUUUUCAAGAGGCCAACAAGGACAACAAGAACACAAAAUUCCUGAUGGUGGGUUUACCGGACGAGACCCACAAAGGUUCAACCAUCUACCUUUUUAAAGACGGCAUCUCCAUCACCAAGAACUUUGAGCCUCCUUCAAAACCUGAAACUGUGACGGUAGCUGAAAUAAACCACAACAGUGUGACUCUGAAGGUUUCUCCACCCAGAUAUGGAGCAGAGAACAUCACCUCCUACUCUGUUGAGUUCUGCAUCAAUGGAGAGGAGGGAUGGAGACAGGAGACAGCACCAAAGUCUGGAGAGGUCACACUGAACAACCUGAGACCAAACACAGAGUAUGUGUUCAGAUGCAGAGCAGUGACCUCAGCAGGGGUCGGACCGGUCUUUGAUGUCACAGAUCCCAUCAAAACCUCACCCUGCAGCCCUCCUGAAGUACCUCAGGUGGAAACAAGCCUUGGUGAGAUGACCGUUAGCUGGGAUAGACCUGCUGUCUUUGGACGGGAUGUCCAGGUGCUCCACUACAUUGUGGAGUAUGCAGAAACAGAAGGAGGCGCCAACGAAGAGGAUCUCCAGUGGAAGCAAAGAACCUCAACAACCCAAAGCGUGUCCGUUCCCAGACUCCAGUCGGAUACAGGAUAUGCAGUCAGGGUCAUCUGUGACUGUGGUGGCGCUGGAAGAAGCAGAGAAAGCCUCACCGUUGUCUGCAGAACACCAGACACGUAUCUGCUGCUGCUGCGGGAAGUUCUGCACGACUUUCCUCAGCUGGAAACCAGAUGCACCAAUGCUCUUGAAUCCACCACCGUCCAGCAGUUUCCACAGAUUGUAGAGAAACUGGAAUUGUUUACAGAGUUGUGCACAGACUUCAAGAAGGCAAUGCUGCUGAAACUGAAAGACAACGUUCCCUCUGUUCUGAGUGGAGAAGAAAAGGAGCCUGUGGUCACGAAGAUGACAGAGAUGAGAAACAAGACUGGUUUCAGAGAGACACAUCUGAGUCUGUGGAUGGAUUACAAGGAGAGGGAGAUGCAGGUCCUACAAUCUCUCACCCAGAAGAUGAAAAACACUGAGUUUAUUCCAACAUAUGACAUCUUUGAUGAGAAGAUUCACAGUGCUGAACAUGUUUUGAUCCAUGUCUUCACCUCACUGGGCGAUCCUGAGCUGUUUCUAUCAGUUUUAUCAGAAAAUAGAGACUUGAAAGCCAUAGAAAAUUUUCCUGGGUCACAUAUUGAACAUACAGACUUGAAACCAUGGUUUAUGAAAAUACAGGCUAAACUUAGUCAGGAAGUGAAGCUCUUCAGUGAUUUUGCAGAAGCCAACAAGGACAACAAGAACACGAAGUUCCUGAUGGUGGGUUUACUGGACGAGACCCACAAAGGUUCAACCGUCUACCUUUUUAAAGACGGCAUCUCCAUCACCAAGAACUUUGAGCCUCCUUCAAAGCCUGAAACUGUGACGGUAGCUGAAAUAAACCACAACAGUGUGACUCUGGAGGUUUCUCCACCCAGAUAUGGAGCAGAGAACAUCACCUCCUACUCUGUUGAGUUCUGCAUCAAUGGAGAGGAGGGAUGGAGACAGGAGACAGCACCAAAGUCUGGAGAGGUCACACUGAACAACCUGAGACCAAACACAGAGUAUGUGUUCAGAUGCAGAGCAGUGACCUCAGCAGGGGUCGGACCGGCCUGUGAUGUCAGCGGUACCAUCAGAACCUCACCCUGCAGCACUCCUGAAGGACCUGUCAUUGAGCCAAACUCAUGCGAGAUAACGGUUUUCUGGAAGAAGCCUGCUGUCUUUGGACGGGACGUCCAGGUUUCGGGCUACAGUGUGGAGUACGCAGAAACAGAACCAGGACUGAUCGAAGAGGAUCUCCAGUGGAAGGAAGUGAUGACAACAGACGAGAAGGUGGUCCUGUCAGGGCUUCAGCUGGACUCCGAAUACGCAGUCAGGGUUCGCUGCAUCUGUGGGGAAGAUGGAAGGAGCAAUGAAAGUCUGGCCAUCAGUUUGUGCACAACAACGUGGACAUAUCCAGCAGAAUUCGCCGGAGAAAAGAGUCGACCACUGAAAUAUGAAUUCCCUUCAGCUGCAAAGCCUUCUCUGACAGAAGAAGAUGAGAUUACAGAUGGCAGCCAAAGAUGUGAAUGUGGGAAACAACGAAUCUCCGGUUGGGUCUCCAGAUCACCGGAUGAAGUGUUGCAGGAAGUUCUACCUGAUUUUAGUAACCUGGAAGUGAGGUGCAAUGAAGCACUGGCAUCAAACACUGCAGGGCAGUUCCCACAGAUCAGUGAAAAAGUUAGAAGUUUUACAGAAAUGUGCUUCAACUUCAAACAGAAACUCAAUCAAAUGUUAGCAAAGAAGCUUCUUUUGAUCCAGGGGCGACAAAGGGAGGAGGCCGUGAUCACAGAGAUUCGGAGAAAGAGAUGUUCUUCUCCUUUCAACCCUACGGACCUGAACCAGUGGGUGGACUGUAAAGAGACAGAGAUCAGCAUCUUACAAUCUUUGACCAACAUGAUGAAGAACUCAAACAUCAUCUCGUCUGAGAAGCAGCUGUUCGAGGAAACUCUGAGUGCAGAACAUGCCGUGUGUUUUGUCUUCACCUCCCUAGGAUGUGAGGAACCGUAUCUCUCGGCGUUAUCCAGCUACUUAAAAGAGCCCAGACAAAGAGAUCAACGUCCACAGACUCAUGAUGUAAAGAAAGACCAAUGGUACACCAUUGAGGAAGUAUUAGAUGAAGUGAAGAAAAAAGCUAAACUCUUCAGUGAUUUUGCAGAAGCCAACAAGGAGAACAAGAACAUGAAGUUCCUCAUGGUGGGUUUACCAGAUAGGUUCCGCAUAGGUUCAACCAUCUACCUCCUAAAAGACGGGUUUUCCAUCACUAAGUACUUUGAGCCUCCUUCAAAACCUGAAACUGUGACGGUAGCUGAAAUAAACCACAACAGUGUGACUCUGAAGGUUUCUCCACCCAGAUAUGGAGCAGAGAACAUCACCUCCUACUCUGUUGAGUUCUGCGUCAAUGGAGAGGAGGGAUGGAGACAGGAGAGUGCACCAAAGUCUGGAGAGGUCACACUGAACAACCUCAGACCAAACACAGAGUAUGUGUUCAGAUGCAGAGCAGUGAUCUCAGCAGGGGUCGGACCGGUCUGUGAUGUCACAGAUCCCAUCAGAACCUCACCCUGCAGCCCUCCUGAAGGACCUCAGGUGGAAACAAGCCUUGGUGAGAUGACCGUUAGCUGGGAUAGACCUGCUGUCUUUGGACGGGAUGUCCAGGUCCUCCACUACAUUGUGGAGUAUGCAGAAACAGAAGAAGGUGCCAACGAAGAGGAUCUCCAGUGGAAGCUAAGAACCUCAACAACCCAAAGCGUGUCCGUUCCCAGACUCCAGUCGGAUACAGGAUAUGCAGUUAGGGUCAUCUGUGACUGUGGUGGCGCUGGAAGAAGCAGAGAAAGCCUGACCGUUGUCUGCAGAACACCAGACACGUAUCUGCUGCUGCUGCAGGAAGUUCUGCAUGACUUACCUCAGCUGGAAACCAGACACACCAAUGCUCUUGAAUCCACCACCGUCCAGCAGUUUCCACAGAUUGUAGAGAAACUGGAAUUGUUUACAGAGUUGUGCACAGACUUCAAGAAGGCCAUGCUGCUGAAACUGAAAGACAACGUUCCCUCUGUUCUGAGUGGAGAAGAAAAGGAGCCUGUGGUCACGAAGAUGACAGAGAUGAGAAACAAGACUGGUUUCAGAGAGACACAUCUGAGUCUGUGGAUGGAUUACAGGGAAAGGGAGAUCCAGGUCCUACAAUCUCUCACCCAGAAGAUGAGAUACAUGGAGAUUAUCGAGUCACAACGUAUCUUUACAGAAAAGAUUCACUGUGCAGAAAAUGUUGUCACGUUUGUCUUCACAUCGCUGGGCGAUCCUGAGCUGUACCUGUCGUCGUUGUCUAAAGACAUAAACAUUCACGAGGAGGAACAUCUUCCUGGGUCACAUGUUGAACCUACGGAGCAGGAGCCAUGGUUCAUAGACAAACACGAUGAUCUUAGUCAAAAACUGAAACUCCUGAAGGAUUUUCAAGAAGCCAACGAGGAGAACAAGAACACAAAGUUCCUGAUGGUGGGUUUACCGGACGAGACCCACAAAGGUUCAACCAUCUACCUUUUUAAAGACGGCAUCUCCAUCACCAAGAACUUUGAGCCUCCUUCAAAGCCUGCAUCUGUGACAGAAACUGAGAUUAAACACAACAGUGUGACUCUGAAGGUUUCUCCACCCAGAUAUGGAGCAGAGAACAUCACCUCCUACUCUGUUGAGUUCUGCAUCAAUGGAGAGGAGGGAUGGAGACAGGAGAGAGCACCAAAGUCUGGAGAGGUCACGCUGAACGACCUGACACCAAACACAGAGUAUGUGUUCAGAUGCAGAGCAGUGACCUCAGCAGGGGUCGGACCGGUCUGUGAUGUCACAGAUCCCAUCAGAACCUCACCCUGCAGCCCUCCCGGACAACCUCACAUUAACACAGACUCAUCUAAGAUCUUAGUGAUCUGGGAGAAACCUGCCGAGCUCGGGCGGGACGUGGAGUUGCUCAGCUACAUCGUGGAGUACGCAGAAGCAGAACAACGAGAGGAUCUGCGCUGGACUCAGACCGUAACGACGAAGGAGAAGGUGAUCUUCUCAGGACUCCAGUCGGACACGGACUACAUCAUCAGGGUCACCUGUGAUUGUGGACGGUUUGGGAGAAGCGGGGAAAGCCUCACCAUUCACGUGCGAACCACAAAGUACAUCCCAGAACUGCUCAGACGCGUAAGUGAGAGGACGAGGUCUGAGUGUCCCUCGGUCUACCAGCUGCCUAUGACCGAGCAGGACCUGCAGGUAGACGGCUGCCGCAGGUUUCACGUCGGCCAACAGAGCCGCGAGCGCAACCGAACAGUGGUCGUCAUGGGGGUGGCUGGUUGUGGGAAGUCCAGACUCAUCAAUGCCAUUAUCAACUACAUCGUUGGAGUGGAGUGGAAGGAUGAUUUCAGAUUCACCUUAAUGGACGAGGACUCGUGUGGAUCACAACCACAGACCUCGGAGGUGGCGGUGUACCACGUCCACCACCAGGACGGUUUCAGGAUCGAUCACUCUCUGACCAUCGUCAAUGCUCCGGGACUCGGAGGAACGGCAGGUAUAGAGAGAGACAAGCUGAUCGUCGAGCACCUGCGCUCCCUCGUCUCCCACCAGGACGCCGUCGUAGACAUCGACGCUCUGUGCCUCGUCGCUCCGGCGGCUUCACCAAGACUCACCGCUGAUCAGAAGUACGUCUUUAACUCGAUGCUCUCGAUCUUUGGAGACGAUGUUUUGGAGAACAUGAUGAUCCUGGUGACGUCUGCGGACGACCAGCAGCCGCCGGUUCUGGACGUCAUUAAGACCUUGGGAAUCCAGGCUCCUAGAAAUGAACACGGGCUUCCAGUCCACUUCAAAUUCAACAGUUCAGCCUUGUUCGCAAACAACAAACCCUCAGCCGGUAACACAGGCGACGGUGGUGACGAUGACGACGACAGGGUCUUUCAUCAGAUGAUUUGGAACAUGGAGACAACCAGCAUGAAGAAGUUCUUUGCUUCUCUGGACAACAUGGACACGAAAAGCUUGACCCUCACAAAGAAGAUGAUCAGAGAGAGGAAACAUCUGGAGAGUUCGGCCGAAGCUCUGCAGCAGCAGAUCAGAGUCGGGUUAGCUCGGCUCGCGGAGAUCCAGGAGACCAGAGAACUUCCAGGGAGGAUGACCGGAGGAGCCACGCAUCCCUACAUGGACAUAUCAGUCGGGCGCAUCAUGGUCCUCAACGAAUUUGAAAUCACCAUCAUGAAAUCAUACAGGAAUGAUCAUCCAGACGACAGGAAGUUCCUCCUCAACUGCCAGCAGUGUCACAUGACCUGCCAGACAUCCAGCUGUGCUGCGGAGGGAGAAAUCGGACUCUGCACCGAGUGUCCCGGCAAAUGUCCACCGAGCGUUCAUUUCCUGCAGAGGUACAGAUGGGAGUACGAGGAGGAGACGGUGAAAAUGAUGGCUGCCGAGCUGAGACAGAGGUACCCCAGACUCCGAGACGGUCUGAUGCAUCCUCAAAGACUGACGACGGAGCUGGCGUCCGAGUACAACGACGUGGAGGGCGAGGUGAUGGAACUCCUGGAGAAGUCUGCCGAGUGUUUGAACAGACUGAAAGAGAUGUCGCAGACGCCGAACCCUGUCUCCACCGCGAAGUACAUCAGCCUGAUCAUUUCAGGGGAGAUGCUCGAGGACAAACCGGGCCAGGAGAAGCGAGUGGAGAGCCUGAAACGGAUGAGACUGAAGAUGGUUACGGUGCCACCGCUGUCCCACAUGAUGCAGCACGUGAGGCCCAAAAGAGUCAACUUCCAAUUACGUUUUUAGCCAAUAAGGGAUCAUAACAUCAGUCGACAAACAUUCCUGAUUCUUCUUCCUGCUCCUCCUGCUCCCUCCCCAACGGUCCUGCUGCUGCUCUCUGUCUUGUUCUGUCUUGUCAUCAAUUGGAGCCUCUCUUUUCACAUCCUCCGAAACCUUCUACAAACAUGGAAUUAGUUAGCUGGUCUCUAAACACAACUGACCACAUUUACUUGACGAGAAAACGGAGCAGAGGGAAGCCUCUUGCCCCAACGGGACGUUUGCUGCUGGAUACACAAUGGACUCCUGGAAGACAUGGAGGAUCGUGUGUCUGUCUAUACUGUUGGUCGAGGAUUGUAUUUAUGAUAACAGGAUUUCUGCUUUUUGGAGCUGGCGGUUACCUGGAAUAUUGACAAAUUUGGAAGACGACAACAGCUAUUCUGGCCCUUUCAGAGCUGCCUGAUGUGAUU